AUGGCAUCGCUCCCGCAGACGAUCAAGGCGCUUCAGAUCCAGGAGAACCGAACGCUGAAGGUGGUUGAUAUCGCCUUCGCGUCCGAGGAGAAGAUUCGAAACUUGCCGCAAGAUGAAGUGCUGGUCCGCGUCCGCGCUGUCGGUCUCAACCCUACAGACUGGAAGCACGCUUUUCUCCCUGUGGGCAACCCCGGCACCAUCUCUGGCUGCGAUGCUGCGGGGGAUGUCGUUGCAGUUGGAUCAGGCGUGACGCAUAUCAAAGGAGGCGAUAGGGUAGCUGGCAUGAACUAUGGAGGCUCAUGGCAGAAGGACAACGGCGCGUUCGCGGAAUACGUCCGAUUCAAAGCGGCCGUCUGCUUUGUCCUUCCAGCGGCCAUGACCUACGAAGAGGCCGCGUCCUUCCCUAUCCCCCAUCUCACGGCUGUGCAAGCACUGUACAUGCGCCUCUCAUUCCCCAAGCCCCUCACUCCCGAGGCCACUGCGCUUAAGCAGAAGGGCGAGAAGAUCUUGAUCUGGGGCGCCAGCACGGCAGUCGGUCACCACGCCGUCCAGCUUGCCGCGCUUUCUGGACUCGAGGUCUAUGCUACCGCUUCGCCGGCUGUGCACGACGAGAUCAAGGGUUUGGGCGCGUCACACGUUUUCGACUACAGAGACGCGGAUAUAGUCUCCAAGAUUAAGGACGCCGCUGGCCCUGAGGGUAUCGCGUACGCAUUCGACACAGUAUCUGAGAAGGGUAGCCCCGAGGCGACCAUCGACUCGCUUUCGGCAACACGCGGAGGUACCGUCAUUGCGACCCUCCUUCUCCCAGACGCAGUCAAGAAUCGUCGUAAAGACGUCCGCAUCGAGAACACGCUCGUCUACACCGAACUUGGCUACCCAUUAGUCAAGUUCGCGAACGCUGUAGACAUCCCGGCCUCACCUCAAGAUAACGCCGCUGCCAAAUCGUACUGCGCAGAGGACAUCCAUCGCGUCUUGGACGGCUGGAAUACGGGUUUUGGCGCCCCUAACUUCAUGACACAGAAGCUGCGUGUCCUUCCGGGUGGACUUGAGAGCAUUGAAGAGGGCUUGAAGAUCAUGCAGAAUGGCGCGUACGGACGCGAGAAGCUUGUAUAUAAGAUAGCAUAG